AUGAGUAUUAAUGCUUCAAAGCUAAGGUUAUUUGUCUUUCAUGGCAAUAUACAAUUGAUACAUCUUGAAAAUGUCCCUGUUCUUUCCAAUGUUCUGUAUGCGCCUAGAGAAUUAGUUCUAGAGGACCAAGAUGAUUUUGUCAAUAUUUUUUCGUCUAUUCCUGCUCUCGAGUGUUUCAGCUGGGAUCUUUUUGAGGUCGAUAAUGGAUCAUUUAAAGUUAUACCAACAAAGCUUCCAUCAGCUCUUAACUGUCUGAAACGCCUAUUCAUGUCUUGGAUUACUCUUGUUGAGUUUUUUGAGCUUUCGUUUGCUCUUUUCAUAAUACGGAGCUCUCCAUAUUUGGAAGAAAUUUUAAUUAAGAUUGUUACUAAGGAGGUUGUUGAUGAGAUUCCUGCUAGCUUUUCGGAUAUCACAUUUAAUCAUUUGAGGAAAGUUAAGUUUUAUGAUGUACUAUUAGAUGAGGUUGAAAUUCAGCUUAUCAAGGAUUUAUUGGCAAAGUCUCCAGCAUUGGUGAAAAUGGUAAUCAAGCCUCGUCAAAUGGAAAGUAACAAUUCUCUCAACGUACUCGCGGAGAUAACAAAGUUUCAACGGGCAUCAUCUAAAGCAGAAGUCGUGUAUCUUGUUGAUUAG